GAUGGUGCUGAAAAAGGAGAGUGAAGUACUAGAUGAAAUGCAAGAUGAAGAUCAGUAUAAGAAAGAGCAUGAUUUCAUAACUGGACAAAAAUCAAUUAGUUGCUCUCAGACAGAAAAGACUUCCACAAAAAAAAGAGCUAAAAAGACUGGAACUAGAGAUCAUUACACCUGCCAGCACUGUGGAAAGAUUUUCAAUCAGUAUGGAAACUUUAAAGUCCACAUGAGAGUUCACACUGGAGAGAAGCCUUAUACAUGUCAACAAUGUGGAAAGAGUUUCGAUCAACAAGGAAACCUUAAAGUCCACUUGAGGACUCACACUGGGGAGAAGCCUUAUACAUGCAAACAAUGUGGAAAACAUUUCAAUGAACAUGGAAACCUUAAAGUCCACAUGAGGAUUCACACUGGAGAGAAGCCUUUCACCUGCCAACAGUGUGGAAAAUGUUUCACUAAAAGAGGAACCCUCAAAAGCCACAUGAAUGUCCACACAGGCGAGAAGCCUUACACAUGCCCCCUGUGUGGAAACCGUUUCAGUCAACAAGGAAGCAUUAACAGGCACAUGAGAACUCACACCGGAGAGAAGCCAUACAUCUGCAAACUGUGUGGAAGGAGCUUUACAACAAAACCAAACCUUAGGUAUCACAUGAACAGUCACACUGGUGAGAAGCCAUUUACAUGUGAUCAGUGUGGAAAGAAUUUCAGACAUAAAGGAACCAUUAAAAAGCACAUGACGAUUCACUCAAGAGCUCUCCCUCUCAGUUUUAUAUGUCAUCAGUGUAGAGUGAGUUUUACAGACUGUAAUCACCUUAAAAAUCAUGUAAAAUCUCACACUGGAGAGAAGCCUUUCAUGUGCAAUGACUGUGGAAAGACUUGCUCAAACAAGACAAACCUAAAGAUUCACAUGAGAAUUCAUACUGGAGAGAAGGCUUUCACCUGCCCUCAGUGUGGAAAGAGUUUCAGAUUUAGAGGAAACCUUCGGACUCACAUGAGAGUUCACAGUGGAGAAAAGCCUUACACGUGCCUUCCAUGUGGAAAGAGUUUCACACUUAAAGGAAACCUAAACAUUCACAUGAGGCUUCACACUGGAGAGAGACAUUUCACAUGUCACGAGU